AUGCCCAGGAAUGAUGGUAGUUACGAUAUUAUCGUCGAAGGAGUUUCUCGUUUUAGGGUUGUGCAGCAUGAAAUGUACCAACUUUAUCCAAUUGGCAAGGUUGAAUGGCUGUAUGAUAUUGGUGUUGCCGCAGAGGAAGCCCUUGAAAUUCGUGAAACUGUUCCCCCUCCGGCGAUUAUUACCACGCAUCUGAACGAAGAUGACUUUCUCGACAACCAGAUCCCAGAUAAUUUGACCGUCCAAGAUCUUGAUACGAUGUCUACCGCGAACAUCUUCAAAGUAUCUAUAAAUUUUUACUUAGCGAUGGAGAGGGAUUCGACAGAGGAAGAUCUGAAGAGAAAUCGGGUGCGGUAUGGGCCUAUUCCGCGGGAUUCAAAAUAUUUAUGGGACCCAGUGAAGUUUCCUUGGUGGCUUACGACUGCGCUUGAUAUCUCAGACGCCGAGAAAUGUAAGAUGUUGAAAGAAACAAGCAUCAGAGGGAGGCUAAAACUAUGCGCCAAAUGGGCGCUCGAAGGAAAACAGUUUCAACAACGUAGGGAUGUUUGGUAA